AUGAGUUCUUCUUCUUCUCUUCUGCUGCUCGGCAGCCACCAGCCUGCAGCAGCAGAAUCCUUGUUGCGUGAGGCUGCUGGUGCUGCUGCUGCUGCUGCUGCAUCUGUACAUCCUUUAUCUUUUAUUUUGCAACAAAAAGAAGUUUCUUCUUCGAAUUAUAAUUCUAUUUGGGUUGCUAUCGAUACAGCAGAAGCAAAACAGUUUGCUGCUGCUGCUGCUGCUGCUCUCGAGCAGCUGCAGCGUAACGGGCUUCUUAUACUUGCGGCUGUAUGGAAGAAGCCACCAUGGGCUGUGGGGGCCUCUGCGCCCAUCGGCGAAUCAGCAGCAGCAGCAGCACCAGCAACAGCAGCAGCAGCAGCAGGAGCAGCAGCAGCAGCAGAUGGAUUGAUUGACGAAGAUUCUCUUAUAGACCCGAAGGAGAGUUACACCCCGCUAGGCAAAGCAGCAGCAGCAGCACCAGCAGCACCAGCAGCAGCAGGAGCAGCAGGAGCAGCAGCAGCAGCAGAUGGAUUGAUUGACGAAGAUUCUCUUAUAGACCCGAAGGAGAGUUACACCCCACUAGGCAAAGGCCGGAGCGACUGUGCGUCUCGUCCCCGUGCAUGCGCGAACUGCACUUGCGGCAGAAAAGAGAUGGAGGAGAAAGCAGAUAAAGAAGCAUUCAAACAAAUGCUGCAAACGGGGGCUUGUUACCUCGGGGAUGCCUUCAGAUGUGCAGGCUGUCCAUACAGAGGAGAGAAAGUAGACCUCUCAGCAGAGGGACGUGCUGGCGCUGCUGCUGCUGUUGCUGCUGCUGCUGCUGCUGCUGCUGCUGAUACACCUGCAGACGCUGGAGCUGUAGGCAUUACUGUGACGAAGGACACUAACAAAGUUGUUCUUUCUUCUCUUGAUGACGACCUCUGA